GUCACUUUGAGCAGACUUCUCCCAGCGCUGCUCGCCCGAUCCGAGUCUCCCCUCUGCCCUCUCCUGUACAUCCUCCUCCACGAUCUUACGACCCGCCGACGACUGUGGACAUCUCGCUUGCUCCUGCACUCCGCUCAUCGCGAUACCUCACUCUAGUCCAACGCCCCACAACUACGCACUAGGAUGACGCAGCUCUUCAGAGCGAUGCGCCUCUACGGCCAUGUCGCGCUGCUCCUCCUCACGGCUACCGUGCUGGGUAUCGCAGCCUACUGGGCGAGCAUUUUCUUGCCCAACAUACGACAUGACUUCUCGAUUUUCUCCCUCAUUGUUCCUGCGUUGACCAUUGUACUAUUACUGGUCGGACUUCAAUGGUCGACCCCUCGGACAGAGGCGGUCUUCCUCUUCGUCCUCGGCGUGCUCUGGCUCGCUGAGGCGGCCUGGACCACCGAUAUCAUCGGAAACCAGCAAUGCGACGCGCUCACUACCCAGACCGUCCCCACCAGAAGCGGGAGCCUUUCCGCAAAGAGCUGGUGCUACGAGAUGCGUGUCGUACAGGCUUUCUCAUGGAUGAUCUUCUGCCUCUACGCAAUCUUCCUCUGGAUCCUGAUCUCGCUCACCACGCGCGCCAAGGCGCUCGGACGCCCCUUCGCAUGGGGCGAGCCCAUCAUCGAGCUGCCCUGGUUCGGCCAGUGGCCGGGGUACCCCGAGGGCGGCCAGUUCCAACAGGGCAUGAUGUACCCGCAGCAGUACGGGUACCCGGGCAUGGGCAUGCAGCCGAUGGGCGCGUACGGCCCGCAGAUGGCGCCUGGGUAUGUCGUCCAGCAGACCCCUGGUCACUCGGUAGUGAUUCAGCCCGGGAUGAACGGGCAGCCCCCGACUGUGACCCAGAUCCCCGGCACGGUCUCCUCCAUGUGAGGAGGCGCCCCUACGGACGGCGGCGGAUGGGACAACAAUGCUCUAUCUUCACGACUACCCAUCCACAAAUUCAAAAACGGACAUGAAAUUACGAAGAGAAGGGGAGAAGCUGGUGCUUCGGAGCGUGCUGCUCUGGACGGGAAGGGGGCCGACGGUGAGGCGCUUGCGAUGCGCAUGGCCGACACGUUGUUCUACUGUACAUACUUGCUCACUGCUACGAUUAUCGAAAUGGAGGUCUCUUUGUCUAUC